UUCUCUUUCCCGCGUCCCGCCCCGAGCAGGCCGCGCCGCACCGCCUCCGCCGCCUUAGUUGCCCCGCGCCCUGCCUGCGUGCUUUUCCUAAGGCCGCGCGGGGCUCCCGGGCGCCUUCCAGAGGCGAGGCCAGGACAAGGGGCACGCGCGAAUUGGGCCUUAAGCCCGGAUCCCACCAGCAAGGCAGAGCACUGCGUUUUCUCUUGCUCGCGGUGUUUUUUGUUUUCGUUUUUGCAUAGGCUGAAAUUCUGUGGGUUGGGUUAGGCACCUCCGUGAAAAGGACCCGUUAAUUUUUUUCUUUUCAAAAUGGCAGCCUCCAGUCGCGCACAAGUGUUAGAUCUUUACCGGGCGAUGCUGAGAGAGAGCAAGCAUUUCAGCGCCUACAACUACAGAACUUAUGCUGUCAGGCGGAUAAGAGAUGCCUUCAGAGAAAAUAAAAAUGUAGAGGAUCCUGUAGAAAUUCAAAUCCUAGUGAGUAAAGCCAAAAGAGACCUGGAAAUAAUUCGUCGACAGGUCCUCAUCAGCCAACUGUAUUCCACAGACAAGCUUAUCAUUGAGAAGCAGGAGGAGCCUCGUACCUAGGGAGCCUGGACCAGCCCGCCGGCAACCGUGGACCACCUUCAGCAUCCAUUCUGCCCGUGGGGUGGGACCAUGCACACCACGCGUGGCCUCACAUACCAGCUGAAAGCAGCCUCUUGCCCUGCCCGCCCUGUAGGAGCAGAUGACGGAGCAACCUUCCCAUUGUUUUGCAGACUUGGUGAAAAGGAUGGCUGUCUCUGCCUGGUUCACAUGUUAAAAGGCAGAGCUAGAGCUCCCGCCAACUAUUAUGCUUGUGUUAUUGUGCCUCCUCCCCAAUUCGCCCCUUUUGUAGUUCA